AGCGAGCUGCAGACGCGGCGCGAGGCAUGGCAGCCGCGCGAGCUGCGCCCCAAGCAGGGCCACCUGCUCAAGUAUGUGCGCAACGUCAGCGACGCCUCGUCGGGCUGCGUCACGGACCUCUAGAGCUGGCAUUGCAAUGCCAUAAUUAUCGGAUGCCUGUCGUGAGGCCGGCUUGCCUGUCGUGCGCCGCACACGAGCAGAUGCGCACUGCACGGCGUCGCCCGUGCAAGCGCUGUGUUCUAUAGCUACAGACUGUCUCACUGGUGCCCCUGAUGAUCUAUGCUCCCUCCAUUGCCCUCCUCUCUCCACCUCAGCCCAGCACUCCCUUGGUGCGCCCUCCUCCGCUACUCCUUCGCCCGCUUGCGCCGCUCCUUGCGUGCGGCAUUCUGCGACGCCUUGGCACUGAGGCGCUCGGCCAUCUGCACGCCGCGCUCCUGCUUCUUGCGUGCCGCGACUGACGAGCGCACGGCGCCGCGCACGCUGCCCUUCCUUGCUGGCGCCGGCGGUGCGGGGAUGGGCCGCGCAGGCGCAGCGGGUGCGGACGAGGUGCUUUCGUCGGGCUCUGUGCAGGGGCUUGGAGUGAGCCCAUGCCACUGAUGCAGCGUACAGCGCAAAGGCGGUGCGGCGCGAGCGAGCCGGGGGCAGUCGCCCGUCUCGCACAGGCGUACGCACCUGUGACGAUGGUCGGGAAGACUUCCGGCUCGCGGCGCUCGGCGCCUGUGAGGCGAGCGUGUCAGCGGUAGGCACAAG